GCUCACUUGACUAUCACCCAGGCCAUGCUCCCAGCAUGAUUUGACCAGAUUGCUUUGUCUUCUUCCACGCUGCCUUCAAAGCGCCACUCCUUACACCAGCUCGAACUCUAGCUCGAACACGGAAAAUGCACAACAGAAAACGAGUCGUCGCCGACUCGAACGGCUCGCCAAGAUUCACCCAAACCGGACCACUACAAGCAGCAAAGAUGAAAAGCCGCACCAAAAGCGAAGCAAUCCACAGCGAGAACAACUACAAAGCACAAUGGUACGCUCCAGAAUCUCAACACAGAGUGGAUAGUGUCAUCGACUCGAGCCAGCGCAACAUUCAGCCUCCUUGCACGAAACACACAAUUCGACACUGCUAUUGCAAGAGCCCUAAGAUCUUUCGAGAGCUCUCACAAGAAGACUGGAAGACACAUGUGCGCCCAGUAAUGAGUCCGCAGCGUCGCAAUUUCGGUGAGCCGUACGACACUUUUCGGCAACCACUUGAUCGAUUCAAGGGAGGUUCUGUCUUCGAGGCGCGAGAUAAGUCCAAUCGAUUCGAGAUCAAGACUCCACCAGAUCUGGACGACUUCUACGACUCUCUGCGAAGCCAGAGAUACAUGCGUUCUUGGGCUCCCGUUGAGUAUGGAGAGAAUGGCUGGGGGAAGGAGCCGCGAUGCCCAGAGGAUGCGGAGGAUGGAGAAGGCACACAAUGGGGCCAGGGCCAGGAGAACGAGGGGACAAAGUCAGCAAUCCAUUCAGGAUAUGAGGAUAUGGAAGUCGCUCCGAAAAUCGUCGAGCCAGACAACACGGACGAUCUUGCCAUUGAAUGGCUUCAAGGGCAGUUAAUUGCCGAGAGACGGAGAAACGCUGCCCUUGAGAAGCGAGUGAGAACGUUGGAAGAAGAGUGCAGUGAUCCUUAUUGCUAG